AUGGGCCUUGGUGAAAAAGACAGUCCGAGGCCGAAUGUACACUUUACCUCUGAAAGUCCGAGUGUAUAUAGAUACGAUGCGUACUCACCAGAUUAUGAUUUUAUAGAACCCUAUUUUGCAGAUAAUGGAGACAGCAUAACUGAAUCCGCGGAUUCUAAAGAAGGAAUCUCAUCGGAUCACCCGAAAAGAACAAAUCCCUCACUUUUCUAUGAUUUUUUGGAUCAUGUUAUAAAUAUAUUAAGUGAUGGAAGUAGAUUCAAUUGUGUAAGAGAUAAUGACGCAGUGGUUUGUUUCUCGUGCAAGCCACUAAUAAAAAUAUUAUCCACUUAUAUCGAUAUUACCACCCUCGAGGAUAUAAUCAAACAAAGAAACACUUUAGGUAUUUGUGGAUAUGUUUGCUGUAACAAGAAACUACCAAGUGAUCGUCUAGAUGAAAGGAACCGUAAAAAGUCAACGUACAAGAUAGAUUUUGCCUCGAAAAAGAUAUACAAACGCUCUAUAUACAAUUCUUUUUGUUCAGCUAGGUGUAUUGAUGAUAAUAAAAUAAUAAAUACUCUUGUUUCUAAAUCCCCUGUAGAAACUGGAAAUAUUACUCCAAGAGCUAUACGCUCCGUUGAUAACUCACUAAUAUUAAAACUGCACGAUGAUGUCAUAAACCUUCCAAAAUGUAUGGGUUUGAAUGCAACAAGUCUCUUGUUGGCAUCCGUUGAUAUCAAUUCAAUAAUCACGGAAUGUGAAUCCAAGUAUCGCAUGGAUGAUAUUAUUAUCAAGGAGAACAAUACAGAUGAGUUAUACCUUCCUCAAAAAAAUGAUACUAUCGAAACCCAACCUGAAGAUAAAAAGGAUAAAUGUUUGCUGUUGAAUUAUGACUUCGAGGACAACGAGAAGUUUGACUUUGUACCAAACUCUAGUCCUGACCCUACUCUUGAUUUGAAGAGUAAUGACGAAAUAUAUGUUAACGAGAAUACAGAAAAUUCGCGCGAUAAUUUUAACAAACAUACCGUCUAUGUAAAGCCGGAGUCACCUAGAAGUAAUCACUUGUUUGGAAAGCUUAGUAUAUUCUCAAUGUUAUGGUACCUCCUUAGCAAUUAUAUCACCGAUGAAACAAAAGAGUUACUUAAUACAGGCUUUUCAAAACAUUCAAAAAACGAGAUGUUUCCAACGGCGUUAUACGAUGCAUGUAUGAGUUUUCUGUCAGAAAAUAUCGUUAAAAUUAUGGAUGUACCAAUAAAAAGGUUGCUAUCUACGUUUAAUACUCCUAAGAACCUACCAAAAUUCGACCAGGACGUCCAAAAUGCUAUUGCCGCUUUCAUACUGCACACUAUACUGAACAAUCAACAGUUUAGUCGCAUAGGAGGUUAUGACUCCAAUUUUGUGGACUACUCUUUUGUAGAUUUUGAAUUAGACUCCCUAUCCCAUAGUAUAAAGGAUUUUCUAUUAAACACUUGUCUUCUAGAUAAUGAAUCUCUCUUUAUCUUAUCAGAAUUAAUAAAUGAUAAUAUUUAA